AACCUCACUGCGCUCGUCUAUGAUCUCGCGAGAGCGGCCCCUCACGACGGAGCCUGGCCGCUGCGAUGCUGUUGCUGUGGGUUUGAUUGACAGGAAACAUGUCGGUGUGGUGGGAGCGAACCGGGAUGCAGCUGCUGCCAAGGGAGACAGGGAGUACCUGCAUCCAAUCCACACAUCAGCACCUUUAAAACCACCAGGCUUUCCUCCCGAUCCGCCCGUUUAUGAUGCGCUGAGCAGCAUCUUUCUUUAUUUUUUCUUUAUGUCUUUUUUUUCCCCCCUCAACAUCAAUUUGAGAGGAAGGGACACCCAAUGGAUGCGGAGGCAAACCGUGUAGUCCCGUUCAGUAUCUUCAUAUUGUGUUUGAUUUAGAGACACCUUGAUGAUCCAGCAGGAACUACGAGCACUGUUGUUGCAAUGGAGUCGACUCUCUCUCGGUUCAAACAUCGUCUCUAAUCAUACAACAUCUCGUUUCAUGGCGUUUUGCAGGUUGCUCUGUUCUGUGGGCUCCUCCACGGUUAUUUUUUGAAUUACUAUUACUAUUUUUUUCUUUUUCUUUUUGGAAGUGCAAAGGGAAAAUAACAUCCACUGCUCGCUAAACUAUGAACGAGGAGAUGACAAAAAGCGAGGAGCAGCAUCUUAGUUUGCAGAAAGCCUUGCAGCAGUGCGAGUUGGUGCAAAAUAUGAUAGACAUAAGCAUUUCUAGUUUGGAGGGUUUAAGGACCAAAUGUGCCACAUCCAACGACUUGACACAAAAAGAGAUACGAACGCUGGAGGGGAAGUUGGUGAAGUACUUCAGCCGCCAGCUGUCCUGUAAGUGCAAAGUGGCCUUAGAGGAGCGCAGUGCCGAGCUUGAGGACUUCCCCCGCCUCGGACACUGGUUCCGCAUCGUCAACUUGAGGAAAGAGGUCACAGAGGAGAUGAGCCCGGGUGAGGUGACUCUGGAGGGCCUGUUGGAGAUGAGCGAGGAGCAAGUGUGUGAACUUCUGCAGAAGUUUGGUGCCAAUGAAGAGGAAUGUGCCCGACUCAACGCUUCCCUCACCUGCCUCAGAAAGGCUCACCAGCUGGAACAACUUGAGGAGGAUAAAUUGCACAGUAAUGGAGGGAGCCAGGCAAAACAGGACUGGUCGAUCCAGUGGCCCACUUCUGAAUCUGGCAAAGAAAAUACUCCAGUGUGCCAGCCAGAGGCCAGUCAGUGGAUUCGCUUCCAGCUUGCCCAAAGCCCCAAAGUCCAGUCCAAGUACAACCAGCACAUGUGCCACAGCCCCCAGGCCUUGGCUCCUGCUUUGUAUACGGAUCGGCUCACUGUUGACAGCCCAGCCCCAGGGCUCUUCCCCUCCUUGGACUAUGGUCAGCGCUCCCUGCCCCCAUCACCCCGCCAGAGGCAUUUUGGCCACACACCUCCUCGGACUCCUUUGGUGGUCAACACCAUGACUCCACCUGGCACUCCUCCCAUGCGACGAAGAAACAAGGUGAAGGCCCCAGGAACGCCACCUCCACCAAGCCGCAAGCUCAUCCAUCUGCUGCCCGGCUUCACUGCACUGCAUCGCAGCAAAUCCCAUGAGUUCCAGCUGGGAAACCGCUUAGAUGACACGCAGACACCAAAAGCCAAGAAGAAGACCAAGCCCUUGAACCUUAAGAUCCACAGCAGUGUGGGCAGCUGUGAGAAUCUGCCCACGCAGCGCUCGCCCCUCCAUACCGAACGUUCUCUGCGAUCCUUUUUCUUCCCCUCGUUCAUCCCGUCUACACCUCCCGUCCAUGCCGAAACACCCUCCGCAAACACUCUUUCAGUGCCUCGCUGGUCCCCACAGAUUCCCCGAAGAGAUCUGGGAAACUCAAUAAAACACAGGUUUUCCACAAAGUACUGGAUGUCACAGACAUGUAUAGUUUGUGGAAAGGGGAUGUUGUUUGGACUAAAAUGUAAAAACUGCAAGCUGAAGUGCCACAACAAAUGCACCAAAGAAGCCCCACCUUGCCAUUUACUGAUCAUACAGCGAGGUGGACGAGAAUCCCUCAAAGAUCACCAAGGAACGACUCAAGUAGCUCGUUUGGUACGGACUGAAUCAGUGCCAUGUGACAUCAACAACCCGCUCAGGUACACAGACCUGCACAUCAGUCAGACGCUCCCCAAAACCAACAAAAUCAACAAGGAUCACAUCCCAGUCCCAUAUCAACCAGACUCCAGCAGCAAUCCCUCGUCCACCACCUCGUCUACGCCGUCCUCUCCAGCUCCUCCCUUGCCCAGCAGUGCCACACCCCCCUCACCGCUGCAUCCCUCCCCACAGUCAGCACGGCAACAAAAGCAGUUCAACUUGACAGCCUCCAGUUAUUUCAAAUACAAACAACAAUUCAUCUUCCCUGAUGUUACUCCAGAGGCACCGCCCAGCAGAGCACCACAAGUCAUUCUGCAUCCUGUCCUUUCUGAGCCAGGGAAUGAGGGCAACCCUUUACUUCAGAUCGAAGUGGAACCUACAUCAGACAAUGAGGACGGCAACGAUGAGGAUUCUGGUGAUGAGUUCGAGGAGAUGAACUUGUCACUGCUGUCUGCUCGCAACUUCCCACGCAAGGCCAGCCAGACCAGUAUCUUCCUGCAGGAGUGGGAUAUUCCCUUUGAGCAGCUAGAAAUUGGAGAGAUGAUCGGCAAAGGUCGCUUUGGUAAAGUUUACCACGGUCGAUGGCACGGAGAGGUCGCCAUCCGCUUAAUUGACAUCGAGCGCGACAACGAAGACCAACUGAAGGCUUUCAAGCGUGAGGUGAUGGCCUACCGCAACACUCGCCACGAGAAUGUGGUGCUGUUUAUGGGAGCGUGUAUGAGCCCACCACAUUUGGCCAUCAUUACCAGUUUGUGUAAAGGCAGGACACUUUAUUCUGUGGUGAGGGAUGCCAAGGUUGUCCUGGAUGUUAACAAGACCCGACAGAUCGCACAAGAGAUGGUCAAGGGGAUGGGCUACCUCCAUGCUAAAGGGAUUUUACACAAAGACAUGAAGUCCAAAAAUGUGUUUUACGACAACGGUAAAGUCGUCAUCACUGACUUUGGACUCUUCACCAUAUCUGGAGUUCUGCAGGCUGGCAGCCGAAGAGAAGACAAACUGAGGAUCCCCAAUGGUUGGCUGUGUCACUUGGCCCCAGAAAUCAUCCAGCAGCUCUCGCCGGACACAGAAGAGGACAAGCUUCCUUUCUCCAAACAGUCAGAUGUCUUUGCUUUUGGCACCAUCUGGUUCGAGUUACACGCACGUGAGUGGCCUUACAAGAGUCAGCCAGCAGAGGUGAUCAUAUGGCAGAUUGGCAGUGGGAUGAAGCCCAACCUCGCCCAAACUGGCAUGGGGAAAGAGAUAUCAGAUAUUUUACUCCUGUGCUGGGCAUACAAGCAGGAAGAGAGGCCCAGCUUUUCCAAGCUGGUAGAUUUACUGGAAAAAUUGCCAAAAAGGAACCGCCGGCUUUCCCACCCAGGGCACUUCUGGAAGUCAGCUGAGUAUGUCAAAUGAGUUAGGGAUACAAAACAGCAAACAAUCAACAAGUCUAAAACGCAGCUGUCAUAACUCCACAUAAAUAUCCCACCUUGUUAAAGAAUGCACUGAAUCCAAAAGCCAGCCCAGUGAUGAAAACUGCCCGUAAUGUGUGUAUUUUCUUGGAAUGUUGGCAUGUGUGAUAUGAUAAGUUGACUGUCCAGUUUCUCAAAGUAGUCGGGACUCAUGGUUUCUUUUUAUUUGAUUUUAACCAUACUGGAUGUCUUUCCUCUUAUCUUUUGUUGACUUGUUCCCUUCAUUAUAUUUGAUAUGUUUCUUGGAUGUAUCUUGCUUGUAACUUUCAACAAAUCACAUCAUCUUGGAAAAAAAAGAACAAAUGUAGUUUUUUUUUCUCCAUGUCUUAUUCUUUUUUUCAUUUUGUUUUAUUUUAUUGAAUGAAUGUAACUGUUUUACAUUGCAUAUUGUAUAUUUUCCAUGACAUUGUCUUACCAUUUUGUCUGUCAACUGUGUAGAUUAUUUUAUCAUUGUUACUUCAUGGUCGCUCAUGUAUGGAAGUCCUGAUAUGUGUUUGUUCAAUUUAAAAAUAUCCUCUUAUUUACACCACACCAUUUGAAUGUGAAGAAGCCAGCACCCUGUUUUGUGUGGGGAUGCAUUGGCCCUGUUCUUUGAUGGGAGAUUUUUCUCUGAUCAGCCUGUGCUUUGAAAAUUACGUGUGAACUGAUGGUAGAUAUUUGAACAAUUACUGCCUUUGAGCAGUCAGGCCAGGACUCCCUCACUCAACACUGUUCUGUGAAAUCACUGACACUUGAAAUGUACCUCAAUUAUUGGAGAAAUUACCUGUCAGAUGUGCUAUCACUGAGCCCAUUCUCCUAUAACUAUAUUAUUUACUUUAAAUAGUAAUGAUAGUUGCAUUAUUGGAUACAGAUAAAAAUCAAAGCCUUGCUACAUUGUAGUCAAUACAACACCACAAAUUAAUUUUGUUCCAUCAAUAUGAGAAUUUUGCAGAUUCUAAUCACAACAUGUUGAAAAUGACACAGCUCUUUGAGUAUUUUAUUAGUUUAUCAGCCUGAACAGAUUCCCGUCUCUACAACCAUGUGACUGCUGGAUGCUUUUAAGAAGAUACAUGAUUCUGCAAAUAAAAACUCUAAUAAAAAGGUUAUGUUAUUUUCAGGCCAGCAAAAACAGUCAAAAUUACUGGAAAGCAGUGUUGAAGUCACUUUAAUGUGGAAAUUCUACAAUAUAUUGUACCUCAUGUAUAUCAGGAAAGAUUUCACUUAGCAGUUUUCAAAAAUUAAUACAGUUUUCAUCCUAUAAAAGAGACUUUAGAAGUUAAACUUACAUGUCUAAACAAAAUGUCCAACAAUGAGAAAUCAAAUUAAUAAAAUGUGAUAAGUUUGUACAAAUAGUACAUCCAAUUAAACCACUAUAAGAGGCGGGAAAUUCUGCUAAAUGCUGCUACGCAGCUAACCCAAAAUGCUAACGUUGUGACAAGAAAUGUAAAAUUCAAAGUUGCUCAACUACAAUAAAGCAGCAUUAUGUCAGAAAAAUGUUACAUAUAUAUAUGUCAAUAAAUUCAGGUUUUCAGUGAGGGGGAGACUGAAUUUGGUAAAGUUAUGUUCUGCAGACAGACAAAAUAUUAAAG